ACARUUGAGUUAAUUCWUCAGUAAACACAGCUUGYCWUGUCAUAACGGUUUAGAGGUAAUUUCUUCGGAUGUUAAGGUGUUCCCGCCGCCGUUGACCCGGUCCCCCCCUAUCUCCCUCCCACUCUAUCUCUCGGUGUUUUAUGUCUGCGUCACAACAAGUCGGUCGAGAAAGAGGCAGGGAUGAUGGCGUCUCUCGCGGGUUGAUUCGCGUGCUGCUCUGACAAACACGCUUAAUAGCAUCAAUAGGUGGAGAAAAGAGAGCAAAGGCACGGGAACAUGACGAAACGACGUCGCGGAGGACAGACAGACCAUACAGACCGAGAGAAAGACGGACGUACCGACGGUGUCUCACUGACGACUUGACAGACAUACGCGCUUGGCACAGACACAUACAUGCACAUCCACUUUGGCACACACGUAGGCUUCACAUCCAACCGGCCAGUAAUUGAGACGAGAGGAAAACAGAAGAGAUCAAAUAUUUCAUGUCAAGCCGGCACMGGAAUCGCUGUGACCCCAACGGAGAGGAGUUCGACUUGACAGGAUGGGGGGAGUAAGUGAAGGGGAUGAUGUGUUAGCUCGAUGGAGUGAUGGACUACUGUACCUCGGCAAUGUGAAGAGAGUAGAUGGAGUCAAGCAGUGUUGUCUGGUGAGAUUUGAGGACAACUCGGAAUUCUGGGUCCUAAGAAAAGACAUUCACUCUUUCUCAGUUGGAGUGGAAGAAGUUUGCUGUAUCUGUGAUGCCCCGCCUCUUAAAGAACCUCUCAUCAAUUGUCUUAAAUGUCGUCACGGUUAUCAUCCUGAGUGCCACACUCCAUCCAUUGAGCCGGAAGCUGACAGCAAUUCUUGGAUAUGUCGGCAAUGUGUCUUUGCAGUGGCGACCAAGAGAGGGGGAGCCAUCAAACGAGGACGGUUUGCCCGGCUCAUGCAAAUCAUGAAACUUCGGCUGCCCUAUCAGCUGUCAUCUUUAGACUGGGACCCACAGCAUCUGACCAAUCAGCAGCAAUGUUACUGCUACUGUGCCGGACCUGGAGAGUGGAACUUGAAAAUGUUGCAGUGUGGAAGUUGUGGUCAGUGGUUUCAUGAAGCUUGCACACAGUGUCUGACCAAGCCGUUGUUAUAUGGAGACAGGUUUUAUGAGUUCCAGUGCUCAGUCUGUGCAAACGGACCAGAGACAAUUCAACGGCUACCCAUGAGCUGGGUAGAUUUGGCCCAUUUGGUGCUCUACCACCUCUCCUUGUGCUGCAAGAGAAAAUACUUUGAUUUCGACCAUGAAAUCAUGUCGUUUGCCAAUGAGAAUUGGGACUCUUUGCUUCUAGGCUCGCUCUCUGACACACCAAGGCAAGAUCGCUGUCACAAUCUGCUCAACGCUUUGAACUCCAACAAAGACAGGUUUGUCUCUGGUAAAGAGAUCAAGAAGAAGAAGUGUCUUUUUGGGCUCCAGGUCCGAGCUCCGCCUCCCCUGACCUCUGAUUCGUCCCCCCUCAUCACUGACCCGCCCAUCAACAUCACCCAAAGGAGAAGCCCAUUGUCACUGCCCUGCCAGAGGAGAGCGGUGGGGCCAGAGUCACGCAAAUCAAAGCGGCGCAUCAUGGAGACACAGCCUUGUCCGCCCCCAGUCCCAGCCACCCCAAUAGAUCUGGUGCCAUGUUGCCAUGGCUACGUAGGUGGAACUAACCUCUACAACUCCAGGAAGGAGGAGGAGCUGAAUUUGGGCUCUCCACCUAAGAGGAUGUUUGCCCUGUAUCACCCCACCUAUAACGGAGCCCCAGCCAUCUCCAGAACCCUGCAUCACUAUAGUGCGGAAGACCCUUGUCGAGUGCCGCCCCCUGCCUCCCCUUCUCCCUGUCAUCCUCCCACCAUCACAACCACAACAACCACAACCACCACCAGCAGCACCACCACACCAGCCUGGCCAGAAGUUGGACUCCCUGCCCCUCCCUCAUGCUGCGUGACGUCCCUUCCUACCGGGCGGCGUGGGGGGAGGGGGUGGGGGGGAUGGGUCAGCUGCCAGGGGCUGGGGGGGCGGGGACGGGGUGAGGAUUUUGGCGAGGCGAGUAACGCCAGACGGGAAGGUCCAGUACCUCGUGGAGUGGGGGAACAUUGA